CGAUAUUGCAAUGCAACAAAUUUCGCUGCAUUCGCAGCAUGUUGCAAAAUAAUAAUCAUCAUCAUAAUAAUAAUACUAAUACUAAUAGUGCUAUUUGGCCAAAGGUUUAUUUAUUGUCUGACAUUGAAUUUGUGCGUGCCUUCAUCAGCCUAUUUUUCUACACACACGCACACACACACACACAACAAGUUUACCGAGUGUGUGUCCAAACAGUUAACUCUUUUUUUUCGUGUUGCUGUACAGUGUACACACACACACACACAUAUAACGCUGAGUAAAUCGCGCUCAAGUGCUAAAAAAAAAAAAAAACUGAUAACUUUUAGUUUUUGUUUUUUCUCCAAAUAAAAAAAAAGAGGGAAAAAAUCGUGUGCACUAUGACGUUGACAUCGGCUUCUUAUCGUCUUAUCAUUCAUGAAUACCUCUCACAGUUUUACGAUGGCUGGCGGGAUCUUAUGGACAACAAAUCAGAUCCGCGCACCCGAGACUAUCCCCUAAUGGACUCACCAUUUCCAACGAUAGCAAUCAGCUUGACAUAUGCAUAUUUUGUAAAGGUUCUUGGUCCCAAACUCAUGGAAAACAGAAAACCCUUUGAGCUGCGCAAAGUGCUGAUUGUAUAUAAUGCGGCGCAGGUUUUAUUUAGCAUGUGGCUCUUCUACGAGUCUUGCAUAGGUGGAUGGCUGAAUGGCUAUAACUUGAGAUGUGAACCCGUUGAUUAUUCCUAUUCGCCGCGUGCGAUACGAACUGCAUGGGGCUGCUGGUGGUAUUAUUUCUCCAAGUUCACCGAGUUCUUCGACACGUUCUUCUUCGUGAUGCGCAAGCGGUACGAUCAGGUGUCGACGUUGCACGUGAUUCAUCACGGAAUCAUGCCCGUCUCCGUGUGGUGGGGUGUUAAAUUCACACCUGGCGGUCACUCGACCUUCUUUGGCUUCCUCAACACCUUUGUGCAUAUCUUUAUGUAUGCGUAUUAUAUGCUGGCUGCCAUGGGACCAAAAGUUCAGCGCUAUCUCUGGUGGAAAAAAUAUUUGACUGUGAUGCAGAUGAUACAGUUUGUCCUCGUUAUGGUGCACUCGUUCCAGCUGUUCUUCAAGAACGAUUGCAACUAUCCAAUUGGAUUUGCCUACUUCAUUGGCGCCCAUGCGGUCAUGUUCUACUUCCUCUUCUCCAACUUCUACAAACGCGCCUAUGUGAGGCGUGAUGGCAAGGACAAAUCGGCCGUUAUGGCGAAUGGACAUGCGAAUGGGGCAUUGAAAAAAGACGACGAUGCGACGCAGAAACAAAAAGGACAUUUUAAUAGCACCGUCAACAGAUUCCAGAACACAUUCAACAAAUUCACAACCGAGAUGUGCAAUCCAGCAUUGAAUUCGAAUACGAGACAGCGGAUUCUUUCUAACGGGAAUGGGAUUGGGAAUGGGGGCAACAAGUGAGAGGAGAGACGUCAUAAUGCCGUCAUAAAUGCUAGCCAAACAGCCAGCCAGCCAGCCAACCAAUAAACCAAUAAAUAAAUAAACAAUAAAACAAAGCAUAAAUUAAUUAAAUGUACCAAUUAAAUUACCGUAACAUUAAAUUAAUUAUAAGCAUAGGGAGUCCAAGUGUAAUUCUAAGCAAAAUAAUACGAAAAAAACAAAACAUUUUUAAAGAAAAAUAGAAAAAAAAAACAUAUACAUAUAUUGUCAUAGAAAUCCAAAUUGUAGCAAUUGCACGUAUAGGCCGAGCUGUAAUAUAUAUUUUUAUCUAUACUACAUAUAUAUAUCUAUAACUCUAUUUCUAUAUAGCAAACUAUACCCCUCUCCCUCCAUUAGCCGCUUGCAAAGCAGAUAAAGAUACUUUUGUAAAACAUUAUUAUCGUAAUAACAUAAGAAUUUUGUUGUUUUCAAUAUAAUGCAACACUAUUAUAUAAAUAUUUUAUAUAUACAUAUAUAAAUAGAUUUAUACAAUUUGUCAACAUUCAAAUUUCAUCAAUUUUAUAUGUAUUUUUUAUGGUAAUGCAAGCAAAAUAAUUUUUGAUACGUGUUUAAUUAUUUCGUUGGAUUUUUCUGAUCAACAGAGAUGUGUUUUUUAUUUUAUAAAUAAAAUCGAGAUUGAAAAA